AUGACGGGAAAAAUUACUGAUGAAACGUUAUUGUUACUACAGAAGUGGGGGGACGAAAAUAUACAAAUGAAGUUAAUAUCUUGUACCAGAAAGAGGCCUAUAUGGCAAGAAAUAAGUGAUUUUAUUCGAGCGGCAGGCUACGAAGACCGUGAUGAAGAUGCCUGCAAAACAAGAGUACACACAUUAGUAAGUGCGUAUCGCUCCUACAAAGACGAAUGUGAUAAGACCGGAAACGGGACUCCAAAGAGGAAGCCGGCGUUUUUCGACGAAGUCGAUGAAUUUCUCUCAAAAAAACCAUGUACCAAACCGAAGGUUGUGGUAAAUUCUUCAAAAAUUAUCAUUGAGGCGGACAACGAAGAAGAAGACAAUGAAAAAAUUAAGAACGAUGAACCAAACGAAGAGUUGCCUUCCUUCAGGGGCGGCACCAGCGUCGGCAGCAGCAACAAAACAGCCGGCAAAUUUCCUCAACCAAACAAGGAUUUCUUGUAUUCCUUCACAGAAAGAACAACAGAUGCUGGCAAGCCAUUUUUCAAACCCGCUACGAAGAAGCGGAAGGUGUCAACGACGGAUGCCUUAACACAAAUUGACAAGGCGUUCGAGGCAUUUGUUUCCUAUCAACAAGCUGCUGAUAGGAGUUUUCUUGCCGCAAAGGAGGCUUGUGAAAGACGAGAAGAAGAAAGGGAGGAGAGAAGAAGGAAGGAAGACCAGGAUUUUCUGCUGAAAUUGGCGCAGGUACUUCGAAAAUAA